GUCUCUAGGGGGCGGGAUCACAGCGUACAGUCCAGCGGCUAGCAUCAGGCUACCAAACAAAAGACGAGCCAACGCUAAUGAGGGGGAACAGCGUUAGCUGUAGUUUUAGAAUAAGCUUAUUUUGUAAGAAUUAAACGAUGAAAGAAUUCAACAAAACGUUAGCAAUGGCGCUUGCUGUUCAUAUAACCACCUAGGUUAACAUUAGCACCCAGUGAGCCGGGAGGCUAAAUUACCAACCAUGACAGGCUAGGUGACGUUAGCUUGUUAGCUUAUAUGAAACCAUUUAUCUCAAUAUCUUCACUUGUAACCAACUUAAAGUGUUCUAUUAAAUAUCUGUACGAAUACGAAGAUUCAACAAGGAUGACAGAAGAUGGCGUCUUGUUGAACGUCCCUGUCAUCCGACAGCUGUACCACUGGGACUGUGGCCUGGCCUGCUCCAAAAUGGUCUUGAAGUACCUGCACCCCAUCAGUGACCAAGACUUCCAGAGUGCCUGCUGGGAGUUGAAGCUGACUGAGAGCGUGUGGACCAUCGACUUGGCUUACCUCAUGUGUCAUCUCGGAAUCAGGCACCAGUUUUGUACUCAGACUCUUGGCGUGGACAAGGGCUUUAGAAACCAGUCCUUUUAUAAAAAGCAUUUUGAUACGGAAGAAGAUCGAGUGAAUGAGCUCUUCGUGAAUGCAGAGAGCAAGGGCGUGGUGGUUCGGAAAUGCUCGGUGACCAUCCAUGAGAUCACGGCCCAUAUAGAGCAGGGCCACGUGGCCAUCGUGCUGGUCAACGCCGUGGUCCUGACCUGUGAUCUCUGCUCGCUGCCCGUCAAGUACUGCUGCUUCCUCCCCGCUGGCCAGAAGUGUUUCUGCAGGAGGCCUGAGUACCAGGGCCACUUCGUGGUGGCCUGUGGCUUCAACAGCAGCACGGGCUGCAUCUUCUACAACAACCCUGCGUACGCCGACCGCGUGUGCUGCACCAGCAUCACCAACUUCGAGGAGGCUCGGCGCAGCUACGGGACAGAUGAGGACAUAUUGCUGGUCUUCAAAGACAGCUGACGGGGGUCUGAACCUUCGCCGACACCGUCGGCAUGUUCACCUCCACCCCAUGCUGUAGUGACAUCAUCGCGGCCGCAGGUCGGCGACCGACGCCAGGAUCGCUCAGGAGCCGCACCCUGCUGAGCACUCAGGAGAGCGGGGACUCGUGGCGCUGAACGCUCAGAGAGGGAGGGCUCCCACCACUGCAGGCUUCAGACCGGGGUUUACCCGUUGCAUCAGAUGACCCCAAGUUAUUUUUUAGCGUCUUAAUGCGUUUCUUUAGAAGGUGUUGGAUGGUAGGGCUGAAGGUCAACUCAACUUUAGCUCAGCAGCCGCCUUGUAGAGGCAUAAGAGUGGGGAGCUUUUUUGAGGGGCUUCUAACACUCCUGUCCUGACGGCUCGAACGGGUCGUAGAACGGCGGUACCUGUCGUUCUAUCCGCAGGGAAUCUGUUAUUUUUUUGGGGGGAGUCUCAGGUAAGUGUGCUUGAGGUGUUCUAUCUAGAGACAUAUGGACAUAGGAAGAGAGUCCCACUCUAUCCAAUGUACACCGACCUGGGGUCAGGGAGGGGGAGCUGGGGUCAGGGAGGCAGACUGGCCUGCUGCUGCGUUGGUCCUCUUCAGAGUUACUCUCCACUCUAGCCCAGAGGGCUGUCCCAGGACAGACACAAGGAGGGCUGUCCCAGGACAGACACAAGGAGGGCUGUCCCAGGACAGACACAAGGAAGGCUGUCCCAGGACAGACACAAGGAAGGCUGUCCCAGGACAGACACAAGGAAGGCUGUCCCAGGACAGACACAAGGAAGGCUGUCCCAGGACAGACACAAGGAAGGCUGUCCCAGGACGGACACAUUGGAGGGCUGUCCCCUGAUGGUACAUGGAGGUCUUCUAACACCAAGCCAAGUAAUGAAUCCUGUCAGUUCAGCUGCUCACAUGACCAGACCUUUUACCCCUUAUCUUUUUUAUUUCAUAUCGUGGAUGAAAUGAUUGCACUAGACUUUCCAUAGAGACAUAAUUAUGUAUUUAAAUUAUAACUUUUAUGAAACCAUUUAUGGAUCGCUUUUCCAUGUGUACAGAGAAGUCUCCCAGCUGUUCAUUUGAAGUAUGGACAAACGGCACAUUUCAGCAGGAAUCUUUAUUGUAUGAUACAUUGAAUCACAUUCCCUGUGUGCUGUAACCAAUAAAGAAUUGAACACGUGCUAAUUUGAUCUAAUGGUU